UUUGCUGCUACGGAACCUCGUGAAUUGGACAACUUGUAUCCGGACACAUUAGUUGCUGUACUCAGUUUAGAGCUAGCGGAAGGUAAACAGAGAGCUGUCAACAUGGCUGAGACUCACAGCUUGCAGGAUAUGAGGCAGCAGGCGGCUAUCGCUGCCAAAGUGUUCAUCCAGAGAGACUACACCAAUGGCACUGUCUGCCAGUUUCAGACCAAGUUCCCUUCUGAACUGGAGACCAGGAUUGACAAGCAGCAGUUUGAGGAGACGGUGAGGACGCUGAACAACCUGUAUGCUGAGGCAGAGAAGCUGGGAGGCUCGUCGUAUCUGGAGGGCUGUUUGGCCUGCCUCACAGCCUACACAAUCUUCCUCUGUAUGGAGACACACUACGAGAAGGUUUUGAAGAAGAUUGCUAAGUUCAUCCAGGAGCAGAAUGAUAAGAUCUAUGCUCCACGAGGUCUGCUCCUCACUGACCCUAUUGAGAGAGGCCUCCGAGUUGUUGAAGUAACCAUCUUUGAAGACAGGAGCCUGGGCAGAUAAAAUCUACAGUACUAUGAUCCCAGACUGACUGGACAAGAGCUCUUGAGGGGCUGGUUCUAUCUGGUUCUGGCUCUGCUCAGCAUCACCUGGGGCCUCAUUUAUCAAAGGUGCGUUCACACAAAAAAAUAGUCUAAACCUUGCGUAUGCCAGUUUUCCCUCGAAUGUGGGUAUUUGUCCAUUUUGAACUUGAAGGGAAAGUGUGCUUAUCUCCACGGAAAUCUCAGACCAGCCGUACGCACAACUUCUAGUGGUAGAUCAACAUGUAUCGCAAGCAAAUAUUGUUAUUUUGAGAAAAAAUAUAGGUGUUUGAUGCACAAGAAUUAUAAUAAUGGUAGGCUAAUAAAAUCAUAAAGGCCUAAUGAUAGAGCAGAUGCAUUUGCCGUUGGUAAGGAGAUCACAUAGUAGCAUGUAGCCUAAUGCGUCUCUUUUACUUGUAUUAUAAAAGCCUAAAUUAUAAUCAUAUAGCAGGACAUGUCUCUCCUUUUCCACUCUUAGCGGCGUUGGCGGAAAGAGGAUCAAAAGUAAAUAGACCGGUAGCCUAUUUAAAUUUGACAGUGUGUAGGAUACAGUAUUGCCACAUCAUAGCCUAUUUCAAUUCAGAGCCUAUGCCAAGGCAGGAGAUAGAAACAGAUAGAAACAUCAUCUACUUCAAAAUAUUGAACAGGAAUUAGUAUUUUCCAUAGAAGUGUGUUGUAGCAUUUACUUUUGAGCUGUUCGAAUAGGAAAUCAAACUUUCAGAAUGUGCUACCAGUGUUUGGCAAUCUCUAUAGGCGGCAUGCAUUUUUUGUUUGAAAAAGGUAAGUAUUCUGCCCUCAGCUCUACAUAAAAGUGAUAAAAUUGGCCAUUGCACUUUCUUUUAGAAUCUGUCAUGGCCCAGUUCCAACAUCUCCAAAUCAUACAUCAAAUGAGGGUGUUUUUAUUACCAUAAAAGGUAACAAAAACGUUCGUAUAUGUUGUGUGCAGUAGUUUGAUGAAUCCCAAUAAUUUAGUUGUGCAUGCAAAUCCUAGCAUCCCCCCGUACGGCAGAAUUUAGUGAGAAAUGUACGCACGGUUGAUAAAUGAGGCCCCUGGUCCUGGGUAGGUGGGACCACCACCGCACCUCCAGACUGAGGACCACCUGAAACUUUAGCCUGCAGAACAUCAUACCAGCCCUCCUGGCUCCCAUCCAGGAUCCACAUCUACUUUCUGACUACUGCGUCUCUACAAUCUCCCCUGUACUCGACUCCCUCACACUGUUCUAUACUCCACUCAACUAACGCAUGUACAGUAUAUGAUGCUGGGGCUGUAUUACACAUUCAAAUCCUAAAGGCCCCUCUAAAGUGAAAUAAGAUACGAUUUGACAGUUAGGUUGUUUUCUGUAAUACAUCCCCAGACCCCUAAUCUUCUAAAAAUGUAUUUCCUAUCUCUGUAUUUAUAAUCAUUUACUUACUGCAUCUUAAGUCUGUUUACUUUUGCCUGUACAGAGAUCGCUUGCUUUACAAAACCAAAUGGCCCAAAUUAUGCUUGCAUUCUUCUUGCAUGUUGCGUCAAUGCUCAGAUGGUCCUUUUGUAAAACGUAAAUGUGCCGUGCACAGUGUUUGUUUGGUGACUACUGUUCAUUUUGCCGUGCGUUGAUUGACUUGUUUGUAUGUGUGUGGGUAGGCUAUGUCUAGCUAUGUAAGCACAUUUGAUUGCCUUCAAGUGAAGCGUUAGGCCGAGAAGUGCUCUUGUUUGUCUCCAGUGCCUGUAGUUUCUGUGAAGAUUGCCUCUGUCAGCUCAGUCGGUUCAGGUCAAGUGUAUCUUAGCAUACUAUUUUAGCAGCCAUCUUAUUUAGCUUAUCCUAACUUUUGCUCGCUUUAUUUUCGGCAGCAAGCAUGUUAAAAAUCGAAGACGAUUCCUAAACAACCUCAACUUCUUGAUUUCUUUGUUUUUGUAGCGAUCAAUUGUAUGAAUGAAGGACAUUAGAUUGUUAACUUUUGGUGAUGAUAUAGAUAAACAUUGACAAUACGUGGGUUAAAUACAAUGAUUAAUAUAAACCCUGGAUUGCUGAUGUAUUGGUGUAUUGGCCAAUGAAAGGCUUUGAAGCCAAAGGUCGGCCAUAGUGGCACUCCUCAGAAGAAGCUGUUUUCAAUUAAAUGUAUCGAAGACAAAAUUACAUGUAUUUAAGUAUUUUUUUAUUGUAGUGGGGACGGUAGCAUUAGAACUUUAUAUUAUACUUUGACAAAUGUUUUUAUAUAUACAGUACCGGUCAAAAGUUUGGACACACCUACUCUCUCAAGGGUUUUUCAUUAUUUUUUUACUAUUUUCUACAUUGUAGAAUAAUAGUGAAGACAUCAAAACCAUUAAAUAACACAUAUGGAAUUAUGUAAAUCAAAAUAUAUUUUAUAUUUGAGAUUCUCAAAGUAGCCACCUUGAUGGCAGCUUUGCAUACUCUCAACCAGCUUCACCUGGAAUGCUUUUCCAACAGUCUUGAAGGAGUUCCCACAAAUGCUGAGCACUUGUUGGUUGCAACUCAUCCCAAACCAUCUCAAUUGGGUUGUGGUCAGGUGAUUUGUGGAGGUCAGGUCAUCUGAUGCAUCACUUUCCUUCUUGGUCAAAUAGCCCUUACACAGCCUGGAGGUGUGUUGGGUCAUUGUCCUAUUGAAAAACAAAUGAUAGUCCCACUAAGUGCAAACCAGAUGAGUUGGUGUAUCGCUGCUUUAAGUGUGCCUUGAAUUCUAAAUAAAUCACUGACAGUGUCACCAGAAAAGCACCAUCACACCUCCUCCCCCAUUCUUCAUGGUGGGAUCCACACAUACGGAGAUCAUCCGUUCACCUACUCUGCGUCUCACAAAGAAGGCAGUUGGAACCAAAAAUCUCAAAUUUGGACUCAUCAGACCAAAGGACAAAUUUCCACCGGUCUAAUAUCCAUUGCUCAUGUUUCUUGGGCCAAGCAAGUCUUCUUAUUAUUGGUUUCCUUUAGUAGUGGUUUCUUUGCAGCAAUUUGACCAUGAAGGCCUGAUUCACAGAGUCUCCUCUGAACAGUUAAUGUUGACAUGUCUGUUACUUGAACUCAGUGAAGCAUUUAUUUGGGCUGCAAUUUCUGAGGCUGGUAACUCUAAUGAACUUAUCCUCUGCAGCAGAGUUAACUCAGGGUCUUCCCUUCCUGUGGAGGUCCUCAUGGGAGCCAGUUCCAUAAUAGCGCUUGGUGGUUUUUACGACUGCACUUAAAGACAUUGUCAAAGAUUGACAUUUUCCAAAUUGACUACUUUGUGUGUGGCUACUUUGAAAUCUAAAAUAUAUUUUGAUUUGUUUAACACUUUUUUGGUUACUGCCAUAUGUGUUAUUUCAUAGUUUUGAUGUUUUCACUAUUAUUCUACAAUGUAGAAAAUAGUCAAAAUAAAGAAAAACCCUUGAAUGUGUAGGUGUGUCCAAACUUUUCUCUGGUACUGUAUAUAUUUGUAUGUUUCAUAAUUAUUUUUUAUGUUUAGCUUACAUAAUGUAAUUUUAAAGUAUGCUUUACGGAGUCUGUAAUGGAAUAAAUGUGGCUAAAACUAAUUUGGACUUUUCUACAGCUUCCAAAAUAUUUUUUUUACCAUGGUUGGGGUGUCAAGAUGGAGGUGUGGUGGCUUCAAAACAGCUCCUUGUCAGUCAUCUAGUUUAUAAGUAAUUGGUUAAAUUUGACAUUGCUCCAUGGAAUUACAUCCAUUUCAUAAUGUGUUUUGAAUGUUAAAUGCUGAGUUUUUUCUGUCUGACUGAAAUCUGUUAGUGCUAUAUUACAGAUAAUGUAACACUACAGAAAUGUCCAACUAUAGAUUUUAUGGAACAUUUUGAGGUAGGUUAUAAUGAAAGUCAGAUGACUUAUUCUCAUAUAUUGUAAAUAUUAUUUCAAUGUAUUCUGAAAAUGGCAAUGUUGAGCAAAAUGAAAAUGUAUUUAAUUUGGCCUUUUUAAUAUUAAACUCAUUAAUUUGAUAAAUUAGUAUACCUUUUUAUAUGUUUUUUUUUUGUUGGUUCAAAUGCAAACUGUUUCUUAACUUGUGAAUUGUAUCAUAAUAAAUCAAAACGUAUACUUCUUCUACA